UUUUCAAUGAAACAAAGUCACUUAUUUCAGAUCAGUGAACAAAGUCCAUUCAUUAAUAGAUACAUUUAUACAUUUUUAUAUAUAUAUAUAGAUAAAUUGCUGAUGUAUAUAAGCGGAUAAUAUUUGCGAUGCAGAAAUAUGAAAAAUUGGAAAAAAUUGGCGAAGGUAUUGGUUAUUCAACUGCCAUUUUAAUUAAUAUAAACAAUACAAUGUAUUAUAAGUCAGAUGGCAUAUCCGUAUAUAUUUAUAGGGUUUUAUGGUAUGAGUUCAUAUAUAGGCUAAUUGAUUAUUGGUAAUUUGAUAUCAUCUUUUAGAUACUUUAUCUUAGUGUAUGAACAUUGUUAAAAUGGGGAUCAUGAAAUUGUGUUAUAUUUUGAUGUCACACAGUCACAAGAUAUAGUAGUCACCUAACCCUUUACCACCAUAUUAUAUUUGAUGACUGUGUGACAUGAAAAUGAAUCCGAAAUUGUUGAAUCAGUCUAGAAAGGCUAGAAAUAUGGGGUUGGCAUUAUUAAUAGCCAAUUCUAGUAUAAUUUCUUGUUGACCAAUCAGAUCUUGCCAUUGGGUCAUUCCAGAAAACAUCCAUACCACCCACACAGAGAAAAUUGGAAGUUAACCCCCCUACCCCCUUCGGAUGUCCUAAUACAUUUACUAUUAUCACAAACAAUUUUGUCUCCCCUCCCCCUCUGGAUGGCAGAAAUUUCCUCUGUGGGGGGAGUGUGGAUUUUUCCUGGAAUGACCCAUUCCGAAGAUAUAUUUUACAAUGUUAGGAUAUAGUAGCAUUCCUGAACGUUAUCACAUGAGAACAUGGUGCAUUUCUAGGCAAGAGAAAGCAUCUGCAGUUUAUUUAGUAUCAAGACAACCUGAUAAGGAUAUUAGAUAAUGCAUCCAUGGUUCUAUUCUUCCUGUUACCAUUCCCCCUGUUACCAUUCCCCCCUCCCCCAGGCAACCCCUGGGAAAAUGUACACCAAUACAAAUGUACAUCGACACUUCUUAGAAUUUUAUUGAGCAUCUGGUCCCAGUGCAUGGUGUCUCAUGGGAGUAGGGGUGGGGAAUAUAAAUGUUCAGACACACACAACUGGGCUUCAGACCUAGCUACUGGGAAGUAAUUAACUUUCCAAGUGAAGAAUCUCGAACGUGGGAAAUUAUAUUGUUAAUUGUGGAUUUUUAGCAAAAUGAAUUUUGGCUUAUGUUUUUUUGGGAUAAUCUCGAUCAUUGUACCUUCGUCCUGUUAACCAGGUUCAUUAGUGUUUAUAUAAGGAAAUUUUCAACCUGGCUGCUGGGAUAUUGGAAUGCCAAAUAAGCUAGCCAGCUUGUCCAUAUGAAGACGAAGCAGAUUAUAUUAUAAAAAUCAUGGCCGUACGCAGGAUUUUUUCACCAGGGGGGCAGUAAGGCCUAUGUGACAAAAAAGCCCCAAAUAUCCAAAGAAUAAUUAAUUAAUAAUGACAUUCUAAAAAUUGUAAAUAUAGUUUUCUCUAAGGAUGCAUGGAGUGUUGAAAUUUAUAUACAUGCAUGUACCAUCACAGCAAGCAAAAAAUUCACAAGACAGUUGACCAAUAUUCUGGCAAGCACAAUCAACAAAUUAAAGAAGAGAUUUCAAUAGGCAAAUCCAGCUUUUAAUUUAUGCGUGCAGGGGAUGAUGGAAGUAUAAAGGUAUCAUAUUGCUGAUUAUGCUGAAAAAUUUCAAUAAAAACUGACGAAAAAACAGAAAUAUUUCAAUAUUUACACGUAUAAGGUAACUUGCACACCGUGUUUACACGGCCACCAUUUUUAUUUCUUCAGCAUAAUCAACAACAUGGUACUUACUUCCCAUCCCCUGCACACAUAAACUAAAAGCUGGAAUUCCCUAUUAUUUAUCAUCUAAUUAUGAAUUAUGAUGUGUCAUCUUAGGUACAUAUGGAACUGUGUUUAAAGCGAAAAAUAAGGAAACUCAUGAGAUUGUAGCACUGAAGAGAGUUCGUCUGGAUGAUGAUGAUGAGGUAAUUAUAGAAUAUAGAGAUUAAAAUUAUGAUAAAUAUAUAUACUGCAUUUACAAAUUAUCAGACAAACUUUUUUUUGUUUGUCCAAGUGCUUCCAGAUGAACAAUAUGUCUCUAGUAAAUGUAAGUCAGGUCAUUUCUAAAGUUUUUAAAGCAGUAUAUGUAUUGUAAAAUUAAACUGAAAGUGCAAUAGAGGUCAACAGAAGUUCAUACAUUUCCCUAAAUGCCAAUUAGCCCCUUCUUCCACCCAAUACGAUGGUUUCACCCAAUACAAUGGGUGGAGGAAGGGUGUGUGACACCUGGGUAGAUGUAAUUGAGCUGUACGUGUCAUAGUCUGUCAAGAAAUGAUGUUCUGGAAGCCUGGCAAACUUCAAAGCCACAAAAUGGAAGGUCUUUAUUUGAAGUUGAACUGUAUUACUAGCUUCACUGUACGUAAAUCCUUUGUCUCAACUUCAUUAAAUAUUACUGAUCGUGAUUGCAUGUUUCACCACAGCUAUUCCAACGAGGUCAAUCACCAUGAUGUUCUAAGCAUGUGCAUGACAUCCUUUCCAUACUGCCUUCGCUUUUUGUGAAGAUAUUUUCCCCUGAACCUGGUUGCCGGAUGUUUUCUAAAAACAGCCUUCCUCCUCAAAAGUCAAAUGGUUUCCAGUCUGAGGCAGUUGGAAUAUUAUUUUUCAGGGUGUACCAAGUUCUGCGUUGCGAGAGAUCUGUCUACUGAAGGAAUUGAGACACAAAAACAUUGUGAGGCAAGUUAUUAGCUACAAAAUUUCUGAAGAAUUUAAUAUUUAUGUGAAUAUGGGUAUUUCUAGCUUGUGGGCAGUCCCAGACUCCCAGGCUAUUUCAGGGUCUUCUGAUAUUUUUAACACUUAAAGUAAUAUGAAAUAUGUGAACUCUUUUAUUAGUGCAUGCAGGAGGGUUGGUUUUCAAAAUCACAUUAACCCAUUGAGUGGCAGCCUGGACACAAGGUUGCACUCUCCCCCUGAUGAAUAAAAUCGUCUGGCGUUAGACAGAGUGAAAUAAUCUGGUGUUAGACAAAGUAGAAUAAUAAAGUAGGGCGCAUCUGGGCGCAUUGCCACUUAAAACCUGGCUUGCGCACAAAAAUGGUAUGUUUAAAACACAAGUUUUUUUUUAUUUAUAACAGUAUUUCAGUAGGAAGUACUGUUAUACAGUACAUUUCAGUAGGAAGUACUGUUGUACAGUCCAACGUGCGACCUCUAAAACCUUUUUUGCUAUAUUCGUUAAAAACAUAUGCGUGAAAGGCUAAUACGCGAACUGAUAGUUUUAGAGGUCGCGCGGUGGAUUUGAUGUACGCCAGUGUCACAGGAAAUUUCCCCCCCCCCCCCGAAAAUUUGGCCCCCCUGGGCUAGGAAAUUUGGCCUGGGGGGGCCAAAUUUUUGGGGGGCCAAAUUUCCUGGGACACCAGUCAAAUUGUCUGGUACGUGCUUAGUUCAUAAAAUGCUUUCCAAAUUUGCGCUCUAUGAAUUUAACUUGUAUUUUAAACCUUUCAUUGUUAUGCGCUUGCAAGCCACCUUUGAUGCUUUUUUUAAUAACCACCUUCCUGAACUAGGUUAAAUUUUCAGAUCAGUUUCGGUCAAUUAGGAAAAUCAGAAGACCCUGAACACUAAAUUCUUCAGAAAUUUUGUGGAGUUUUCAGUUUAAUGGCCAUUUUACAAUUGUGAAGUUUUUUGAUACACCCUGUAAAGAAUAUGACAUAAGAAACACGUCUGCAAAAGAUAAAAGAGACCUUAUGAUCUAAGGACGCCAAAGUGGUGAUGACGGCUAUGAGAUUGUACGAUAAAGUUCACAAUACUUUAGAAAAGAAGUGAAUAAUUGAAAUCCCACGAGAGUUUUAAUUGGACGUCCUCCUCGCUCUGUUUACAACAACAAACUACAGAUUUUACGUCUUAUAUACAACAGUUCUCAGCAAAAUUGAUUCUGUCUGAUCUGAAAUAGAGAAAUCUUCCCUAGCAAUGUACCUGCCUUAAUUGGCUUUAUCUCCUCAGAUUGUAUUGUAUAAAUUCAGAUGAUUCAUAAUACAUGACAUGUUUUCUCUACAAUUAUUUUCUCUACAUCGUAAGGUCUCUAAAAACACUUUGUCUUUUCGAGCAAAUGCCCUUCCACAGAAAUUAACACCAAAUACAGCAGUCUGACUUCUUGUCGAUGCCUUUGAUGUUAGCAUACCCGCCACAAGGCCAUGCAUGAUUCGCAAUCAGAAAGCACUCGCCAUGUUCCUAGCUAGUGCGCUAAGGAGAGGCCGCCACCCCCGUAAAAACAUUUAAAACUACCGGCUUGGCUCAGGGGAGUACGAGUACUGUACGUAUCGUGCUUGUUUAUCAUAAUUGUCAUCUAAAAUAAUUAUAUACACUUCUUUCAGGCUAUUUGAUAUAAUGAUAAGUGAGAAAAAACUUACUUUGGUUUUUGAAUACUGUGAUCAGGUAAUGAUUCUCUGUAAUAAUAAUAAUGAACAACUUUAUUUAAUGAGGGUGACACAUAACAGUUGAACACUGACAAACUUAUAGUCCUCCUAAGAUAAAUUACAAAUUUGUUGGUAUCCUAAGACUUCAUAUUAGUUAAAUUCGUGGCUAUAUCAGCUCUUUUUCCAACUUCUCCGUGUUUUCAGAAUUUCUUUGAGGGAGAUAGAAAAAAAAGAGUGACUUAGUGAAGAUGUGAAAGUGGUUUAUAUCCUCAUGUUUCUUGCACACAAUGGGAUUAGGGAUAGGCUUGUGAUUGGGGUUCAACGGGUUGAAAACCUAUAACAGAAAGUUUGUUAAUAAAAAUAAUUUGGUCAGAGAACAUCUCGAUUUUAAUUCGAAUCUCGGAAAUUCACAUACAUCGAGUAAAGCAUAGUCUUUCGAGACAUGGUCUGGAAACUCAGUAAACUUCAAAGCGGUUAUAAUGAGCUGGAUUUUAUGUUGAGCCGUACCUUACACCGUGCACAUCCUUUGUUUUAGGUUUAUUAAUAUUUAAAUAGCAUGGUUGAAUGACUGAACUGAAACGUUGCUAUUGGAUGAUUCGUUCAUUAUACUUAAAUACAAUGUGUUCAUUGACCAUGCACAAAACUGCAUAAACGCGAACAAAAAGAUAGAACAAAGACUUUAGCGGAGUUUCCAAACCAUGUUUUGAAAGACUAUGAGUAUAUAAAGCUUGAUGGUUCGUCUUGUUUAUCAUCAUUUUUUAUAGGAUUUAAAAAAAUAUUUCGACAGUUGUCAAGGAGAAGUUGAUGCGAACAUUGUUAAGGUACAUCAUAUAUCACUUUCUUUGAAUACUCGCCUGGAGACUGGAGUUUUUCGAUCUAAACACCUGAACAUAUAACCUGGAAAAAAAAUGGGGUGCAGUAUCCCGAGGAACAUUUGCGACAGUAUGUUGAGGGAAAUUAUUAAUUUGUUGUACAUGUACUUCAGUUUAUUAUGAAAUAUCUAUAGACCAAUUGCCAAUUUGGCCUUGGUCAGCUAGGUUUUUGCUUACUGACUGGUUGACUAGUCUAGUUUAAUCAGCUAAUCAGCGUAAGUCGAAUUAGGCCAUGCUCUUAGAGCUUCAUUUCUUUAAAAUUAACUUAUAUAUGUAUGUAUGACUAGCUUAUGGGGCCGGUUGUUCAAAGAAGAAUUAGCACUAUCCACGCAUGGGUCACAAUUUAACCUGUUGUCAAAACUUCAGAAAAUAAAACUUCCAUUGAUCCAGACAAGAUUUCGGGGAAGAAUAUUUCCAUGUUUAUAAACAAGCUGUAGGGAAGAUUGCUUUGAAGAUUAUGUUAACACAUGCAUGAUUAAGCGAACAGGAUUUUGAACAAACGGCCCCUAGAGGACAACUUAAUUGGGACAAGCCGCUACUCAGCAAGGCAAUAAUGAACUCCAGGAGGCAGGAAAUUUUUGUUUCUGGUCAAUAAGUGCAAAUUAAGGUCUAUAGUCAGAGUAUCCAUGUUUGUAGAUAUACUGUAUACAAUGUGUACAUGUGACAUUAAUCUGCAUGCAUGUACACUUCAGGGCUCGAAUUUUAUCGCGGCAAUUGCCGUAGAGCUAGGGAGAACAAAAUGCCGUGAAUCAUUGCGGCAACGACGGCAAUUUUUUGCCGUAUAGUAUAAUUUUUAUACUAUUCACUGUGCAUUACUACUUUGAUACUUGAAUUCAGAUGUUGAUCAAAUCAUGCGUAAAUCACUAUUUUAGUCUCAGUUUUCUUCGAAAAAAAACACAAAAGAAAUACGUAGACAUGUUUCUAGUUUGUCAAAAAUCCAAAGUAACAAUAAAAUUAAAGUUUUAGUACAGUAAUUUGAAAAAUGCCGUGGAAACUGCCAAAAUUGCCGUAGACAGCUGUUACGUUCUACGGCAAUUUUUAACGCCAUUGCCGUCGAUUGAUUUCAGGGAAAUUCGAGGCCUGGUACACUUUCAACUAAUGUAUUUUCACGCAUUGUCUUUUAGUCUUUAAUGUAUCAAUUAUUACGAGGACUGGCAUUUUGUCACGCUAAUAAUGUUCUGCAUCGGGAUCUGAAACCUCAAAAUUUGCUCAUUAAUAAGGUAAAUUAUUCUUUUGUUACUUUACUCUUUAGGUUAUUUUAUUAAUAAUCUAAUAGCAAUUAGUUAUUAAUUAGAGCAACGGAUUAUUCCCAAGUCAACGCUCUGCCGAAAGUCGUGGGAUUUUUUACCGGAUGUUCCGGUUUCCUCCCACAGGGAAAGUUGACAGGGUGGUUAGGAUAAACUUAGUUAAGAAACUAAUUUCACAAUUGUUGUAAUUUAAGAUAAAAUUGUUUAUAAAGACAAUAGUCUAUACAGUAGGCUAAAUAUACAAUUGGGUAAGCGUAUAAUGAUACUUGAUCACUUGAUGCAAAGUGCAUUUGAUCAUAUCUACAUGUAAAUUUAAUUUGUGCUUUAGAAUGAAGUCUAUCUCUGUAUUCAAUAUAUCAUUACGUUAUUAUAGUUCUUCGCGUGCCUAUAACUUAUAAGUGGCUAUUGCAUUGCAUUUUCUGUAAUGGUUUUAUAUUGUUUUCUAUUAAAGGAUGGAGAGUUGAAAUUGGGUGACUUUGGAUUAGCACGACCGUUUGGUAUCCCUGUUCGUUGUUAUUCUGCUGAGGUACAUGUACAGUAGGUUACAAGUUUCAAUGAUGUUAUACAGUACUGUAUAAAACAAUGUCAAUGCUAUUGUUAGUGCCGUGGAAAUUGGUUUUGCUUUCUGUUGAAAAAUAUGCAAAGGUCAUUUAUUUCUUCAUAGUUCAUAAAAACUGUAUUACGUACGGUAGCGUUUCCAUCAUCUGAAAGUUUGAUACAGUAAAGAUCAAUUAAUAUGUACCUUAAAUGUGUUACCCUUAAUAGGUUGUAACUUUGUGGUACCGUCCACCCGACGUUCUCAUGGGCGCCAAAAUUUACACCACGUCGAUUGAUAUGUGGUCAGCGGGUUGUAUUUUUGCAGGUAUGUUACUCUGAUAUAUUAAAUAAAAAUUGUUUACUUAAUCUUUUACAUUCUCGCAUGGGUAAAGUAUGGUAUGGAGCGCAAUUUGGGAGAAAACAGGAAAAAAAGAAUGAUUGUUAAAAACAUAAAUGAAACAAUAAUCAUACGUUUCAUUGAGCUGUAGCUCAAACUAAUGUAUAUUUAGUGUGAAAAUGAGGAAAUAAAAUCACCACAAGAAGCUAUAUACUAGAUAUGUUUGGCAGGAUGGACGGACGGAGUCAAAACCAGACAUGACCCUUGCUCACCAUAGAGUCGCCAGUAGCUCAGGUGUUGGAGCAUCUGUCUAGAACUCGGAGGGUUCUGCAUGGGUUCAAAUGGUACUUGGAGCUCAGUCUUUCUUCGAUUCUCGUGGUGAUUUCAUUUCCUCAAUUUCAGUAUUAAUAUACAGUGCCUUUCCAAAAGUUUAAAUACGUGCUCAAGAUGUUAAUUAAACAGCAAAGUGAUGCACCAUCCACUUUUUCACUUUACUUGAAAUCACACAAUAUUAUACAUGCGAUUGUCAGGUAUAUAGCCCUACGACAUCUGUUCAGAAUUCUAUUUAAACCAAUGUCAAGCUAAUAUUGACUGUACAAAAAGAACAACAAGUUUGGCAAGUAUUUAUAUCAAUGUCAAUACUUUGUUGCUGCAUGCGUGGCAUUGAUUUAAUUACAUUUUGGACCAAUUUAACUGGAAUUGCUUGCCACUCGUUUUUAAUUACGGAUUUCAAGUCAACAGUGUUCGUCGAUGUUCGCCACACAAACACACAACCAUUGCUUCCAAUUAUUCGUAUCUUUGAUUCGUCCGUAAAAACGACAUUCUUUCAAUAUCUUAAGAUCUUAUUCCUCAUAUUCCUGGCCCAAAGGAGACUUGCCGCCCAUUACAGUAUAUCCUAAAGAUUUCAGUCGUCGUGUUCUUUUUUCACUGAUUCGCUUUUGAAUGAGUUCUUCCCAUUUUUGUGAUAAAGCUCUAACUUGAUGCCUUUCUGUCUUCUUUUACUAAUUUCACCAGCUGCCUGUGGUCCCUUGGCGAUGUCUUCAGUGGUCUGCCACUUCUUUUGGCCGUUUCCACAUUCCCUCGCAGUCGAAAUUGUCGUAAUAUUGUUGCCACAGUACCUCUUGGUCUCCUCUGCUAUUGUGGAUAUUGCUGCUCAACCUUUAGCCAUUCCCACGAUUAAUGCGUGUUCUUCUGGUAGCUGCCUUUCUUUUUCUAUUUUUCAUGUUGAGUGAGCUGAUUUUUUCAUGUUGAGUGAGCUCAAGCGGCGAAUGAACUAUUUAUUUCAAAUUAUUAGCGAUACCGCAUGUGGGAGAGGAAAAUCUUCCAUAAAUAUGGCAACAUGCGCAUUUCAGCAUGGUGUAUUUAAACUUUUGGAAAGGCAUGCACUGUGCAUGUAUAAUAGUUCAAACAGUCAAACUAUACCAAAGUAGAUUGAAAACACUCUGACCAGUCUGAUGUUUCGAGCGAAGACUGCGCGUUUGCCCAAAGAACACCAAAAACUGCGUGCCUAUUGUGCGUCGUGUCCAUUUUCAGGAUGUAAUUAUUUCGGCCGUAAACAAACUCAUGCAUGCAUGGCUAUAACGAUAAUAAAAUUAAUAUUUUUCAUAUUGCCUGAUUUAGAAUUGUCAAAUGGGGGAAGACCUCUUUUUCCGGGAAGUGACGUUGAUGACCAACUAAGAAAAAUAUACAAGUAUCCUUUAAAUUAUUAUUACCACCUGCGAGGUGAAUGUUGUGGCACUCAUUCGGCAGUCAUAAAUGUUUACAUUUCAAUUCGACGUGAAUUCCACAUAAAUAUGAUACAGUAUAGAAGUAGAAAAAAAGUACAGUACGGAUAAUUAUGCUUCGCCCAUAUUUCUCAAUUUAGAAAUCCUGGGUGAAAAUAAUACCCAAUACAUAAGAAAAGGCGUCUUUGACCUUGUAUCGAAUAUUAAGUUACUUAUCAAAAUUUGAAUUAUUACUCGUAUGAUUUUCCUUGAUGUACUGUACUUACUGUAGAAUUUUGGGAUCUCCAAGUGAGGAUACUUGGCCAGGAAUGACAACAUUACCGGAGUAUAAAGUAAGUAUAAUGCAAGUACAGUAUAUAGAAGUCGCAUCGCAUGGCAAUAUUCACAUUAUUUUACAUUGCUCUUGAAACUAUGAUUUUUUCCCUGUAUGUCUCAUGUAGCAAGAGAAAAUCUAGGGCUAUCAUUAAGGCUAAUUUCCACUCCGGAAAAUAAGCAUCGGACCGGAUUGGAACAAAACAAAAUCCGCGCAUGUGCCAUCAGUAGAAAUUUUUGGAUCCGAUUGAUCCGACGACGUUGCUGGCCGGAUAAUAAAAAGAUGAAAUAUUUUCAACUUUUUUGGUCCGUUCGGUCCGGUCUCGCGGAUUAAACCUGCUGAUCAAUCAAAAUACUGUAUUAUCUCACAUAAAUUAAAAUAGUUAAAUAUAAUACCUGUAUAAAAUUUACAAAAUGGAGGAUGUGAGACUGGAACGAGCUCCAUUUUUUUCCUUUUCCGAUCCGAUCAUUCCACUUGUCCUUUUACUGGAAAUCGCUUGAUGGAUCGGACCGGAUUGUAAAACCUCUGAUCCAGUCCGAUGUGCUGCUUAUUUUCCGGAGUGGAAAUUAGCCUUUACACUGUACCGAAUUGCUUUCCGUAGCGACGUGGAAAAAAACCUAACCGUAUACCUUUUAGGAACGUUAUUUACAGUUGAAUUAUAGCAACGGAGAGAUGUUGUUUCGCUCAGCUUCUGAAAGUUGUACAUUCCGUAUCGGAUAGCUGCUUUUUUGCGCCGCUACGGAAAGGUAUCCGGUACAGUGUAAACGUAGCCUAGGUAUUUUCCUCAAUAAAACAAAAAUCGGCUGGUUGCAUAAUGUUACAAAUUUAUCAAAACAAUGAGUGACUGGAUGACAUGAAGGGCAAUAAUGGAUUUUCAAAACAAUAAAAGACAAUGCCGAAAAUUCCGGUCACUGAACAAUGACUGGAUGGCACUAAUUUAUGCAAAGCGGGCCCAUUUAACUGUCGCUUGCUAUAAAAGUACUUGUCAUAUGCCGGCCUACACCGUUUAGCAUUACAAAUUUUUACCAUUUAUGCAUGUUUUUCGUAUUAAAACUUUAGGAUUAUGGCUUCCAUUCACCAGUAUCAUUAUCUCAUGUUGUACCAAAACUUCCAUCCGUUGGCAGAGAUCUAUUACAGGUAUAGUGGAAAGUGCAAAUACAUUUAUUAUAAGGUAUGAGACGUGUUUUAUACAUCAAUAGGUGAAAAUGGACAAUUCGGUAAAAUAGGAUCUACUCCAGUAGUCAGUUUAAUGCAUACUGACCGUUUCUUGUACAUUACGUAUGAUUACGUCACACAAAUGAAAUUCGUGCCAUUCGGUUAUAGAUCAUGCUCGUUUGUUUAUGAGUUUCUAACCCUAACGUUGCUCCAUAUGCUCUUGGUGCGUAAAUAUACCGCUGACUAUAAUGCUUGUUUUAACCGUGGUGACAGAAAAUGAAGUGAAACAGCACCUAUUUCAAUCGUCCAUGCAACUAGGAUUGAAAUCUGAAUCUCUCUGAAUUUUUCCUUAUUUAAAUUUUUUAUCUGAUCUUGAGUUUAACGAAUGCUGGUAAAAUAUACAGUAUGAUGUGAAAUAAAUGAGAAAAACGUGCAGUCGUACACACAAAACAGAUUUUUUCGAAAGAUCAAAUUUCGUAAAAUACAGGCAAGACCUAGCUUGAAUAGAUUAUACUAUCUAGUUGUCAGUAUCAAUCAUUGGUAUCAACACAAUGUACUGUCACAGUAACGCUUCAUGAAUCAUUAUGAAACGGCACAUGAAUCAUCGUCAGAUAACGGUGUUUUCCAACAAGAGUGUCUCUACCGUCAUAAGGAUCAACUUUGCGACUCUACAUAUAAGAGUGUCUCUACACAUAAGGAUCUACUUUGCGACUUUUAUCGAUCACCCCUGAUGAAGACAUUAGAAACCUUACGAUUUUAGGACGGCAACGCGACGGCGACGGCCAAAACAAACUCCUUCAAAUAAAUGGUAGUAAAGAUCGUCGUAUAUUAUCAAUCGUAUGAAUUCAAUACAAUCUUAGAAGUUGAAGACAUGGGUUUUAUGGUUGGGAAGAGUUCUGCUAAACCCAGUUUGAAGUUGCACUUGUUGUGGCUUGGAAUGCAGCCGUUGUAUCAAGACGUGAAAAUCUGUGAUAUAGCGUUGUAAACAGAGCGAGGACAAUGUCUAAAUUAUUCAUAUAUUGUAAUUACUCAAUUCUUUUCAAUGAUCUAUUGUAUAAUUUGUAUUGGCAGCCGUUGCCGUCGCGUUGCCGUCCUAAAACCGUAAGACGGUCUCUAAUAAACCGGGGUGUUAAAACGUUCGGUCGUGGAUGUAAUUCGACCGUGCAUUGCUUCAUUUAAUUUAACCCUAACGUACCAGUAAAGAAUGAAAACAUAUCUGGACUCGAUAUAAUUUUAUUUUAUUUAUCCUUGCAGAAAUUACUCGUGUUUAAUCCGUCAAUGCGUAUGGCUGCGGAUGUUGCUAUGAAUCAUCAAUAUUUCAAUGAUCUCAAUCCUUCGAUCAAGAAUUAAUCACCAUAAUUAAUCAAUCAUACAAAUUACCUCAUUCCACUCCUUUAAUACGUGCCGGAAUACUGGCUUGGCGGUGUAAAUUCUGGUUUCCAUUUGAUCGUAACUGUCGUAACCGUAUCAAGUUGGCCGAUGUAAUACAGUUUCGAUAUAUCUCUACAAUCAGUAAUGACUGAUAUGCAUCAGUACAUCACAUGCACAAAAGACAAGAAGAUAGUUCCAAACUAUUUCACAUCGGUGAUAUUAUUGAGGUUCGGAUUUGACUUCCCGAACCGCUACCAUUAGCGGCCAUUAACCAAUCAGAUGCGUUUGAUAUAUCCGAUUAACCAAUCAGAUGCGUACUAAGCUAGUGGGAGGUAGUGGUAGUGGAAGUCAAAUUCGAACCUCUCUAUAAUGACACGGUCACGACUAAAGACAAGUUAGAUCCAAACGGGAGAAAGCGUAAAGAUACUAAAGCGUGAGUUGAUACUGCACAAGAUGAAUUUUUGUGCUACAAAAUUAACACACAUGGUUGUUUAUAGAAUAAACAUGCCGAGUGCACGAAACUUUAUAUAAUACAUGGCCUGCGAGCAGGCGCUAUAUUUCCGGGCUGGCUAAGUUAAAAUUGAGGCACACGGAAUGUACAGCCUGCUCGCAGGCUAUAUAAUACGUAUGCGCAUGGAAUAGUUGAAAUCCUUUAAAAUGUUACUUAUGAAAUGAAUAAAGACAGCAUUUAGUUUUUUGUAUUAUGAUAAUGAUUUAUGUGUAUUUGUUGAGGUACAUGCAUGUAGUUGGUUCUCAUAAAAUUUAGAAUGAUUUGAACUUUUCCAUGCGUAUACGUAUAUCAGCGUAUGAAAAAACGCGUAACUGGAUUGCAGCCUUAAUAGUUUCAACGCUCGGGUGGACACUUAAAUAACUCUUGACGAUCUGCAGUAUUUUAAUGCAGAUCAUGAAAUGGUUUGAGAGAGUAACGUCGUUCAGUGCGGAAUUGAUACAUGCGGAAAAGGAGUUACUUUUUAAUAAAGCCCCGUUUACACUACGCUCAAUGUUUGGUACGGCACGGAUAAAAUUGGUACCCGUACCACUUUUUUGGUUCUUGGACUAUCUAUUUAACUAAGCCUUGUUUACACUACGCUCAAUUUUUGGUACCGUACCACUUUUGGUUCUUCGACUACCUAAAUAGGCAGUCCAAGAACCAAAAAAGUGGUACGGGUACCAAUUUUAUCCGUGCCGUACCAAAAAUUGAGCGUAGUGUAAACGGGGCUUGAGGCCGCGUUUACACUAUGACGCUACGGCAAAUUUACCUUAGCGUAGUGAUUUGCAUCCGGAGUGCCAAACGUAGUAGGUCCAUAGUUAAUACGCUACGGCAAACCAUUCCGUUAUGGUGUUUACACAAUACUAAAAGUUCAUUAAUGUAAAUAAAUGGGCGUAUAGAACUUUAUUAUGUAGUAUUUCAAAUCCGACGAAUGAAUAUGAUUUCAAGUCCUAGCAAUUUGUUGCAGCACGAGGCGAGAGUGGUAUGGUUGACCUAUUUACUCAUGAAUUAUUACGCCUUUGCCGCCUGCGCUUCUUCGCCCAGCGGCUACGCUCGUGUUCCAAGAUCCGCCAUGUAAAGUGUAGUGAAAUGUAUCUCAUCGUAAUAUUAAAUCCUAAGAAAACUAAAGCCUCUGCGGAGGAGAGAGAAUUAUUAUUGUGAUUCAGUUGUAUGAAUUAAUUAUGAGUUAUAUGAUAUGUAUCAAUUUAUGAAUUACGUCUUUUGUCAGCCUAACUCGGGCCUUCUUGUGUGACUUGUCAAAAUACCAAAAUUAAACUAUUCCCAC